CCCCUCGCGGCUUCUGUUGGCCAUGGCGGCAAGGCUGUGUACGCGUUGCCUCCCUCCGGCGUGGCGCUGCAGGCAAGCCUGGCAGGGCCAAGGCCGGCACUACCGAGCUGCACUCUGCACCGAGUUGAAGCAGCCCCUGACCAUUCAAGAGGUGGCUCCCCGCCCUCUCGGGCCACAGGAGGUCAGAGUUGAUGUUCAUUUCUGUGGCAUUAACUUUGCUGAUACUUUGGUCUGUCGUGGUCAGUAUCAGGAAAAGCCUCCUCUCCCUUUUACACCGGGAAUGGAGUUUUCUGGGGCUGUCUUAGAGACAGGAACAGAUGUCAGCACUGUGAAAAAGGGAGAUCGAGUUAUUGGAGUGAGUAACUUUCACGCUAUGGCCGAGCAGUGCAUCACGGACCAGAAGACCCUGUGGCGGAUUCCAGAAAAUGUCUCUUUGCAAGAUGCUGCAGUCUUACCAGUAUCUUACGGCACAGCUAUUUUGGCUGUAGAUCAUCGGGCCCGCCUUCAGCCUGGAGAAACUGUUUUAGUGACAGCAGCUGCCGGAGCCACAGGCCUCGCAGUGAUAGACGUGGCGACAAAUGUGUUCCACGCCAAGGUCAUAGCUGCCACUGGAAGUGAUGAGAAGUGCAAGCUGGCGGUGCAGAGGGGAGCACAGAGCAGCGUGAACUACAGCCAGGGCAGCCUGAAGGACGCAGUGAAGAAGCUGGCGGGCAGCGGCGGGGUCAACGUAGCCAUUGACAUGGUGGGAGGAGAUGUCUUCCUGGAGUCUCUCCGCAGCCUGGCGUGGGAGGGCAGGAUUGUGGUGUUGGGAUUCGCUGGAGGAAACAUCGCGUCAGUGCCCAGCAACCUGUUGCUCCUGAAGAACAUCUCUGCCAUGGGACUGUACUGGGGUCGCUACCAGCACCAGGACUUUGCAAUGUUUUCCAAGAGCAUGUCCACAGCCCUGCAGUACUGCCAGCAAGGGCUCAUCCACCCACACACAGGUGCUGUGUUUAAGCUGGAGAAGAUCAACGAUGCCUUCCUUCAUGUGACACAGCGCAAAUCCACGGGCAAGGUGCUCUUGUCCCUCAAGUAAAUUCUACCCUGGGCAGACUCCCAAGUCUGCUCUCCCUCCCGCAUUUUAAAGGGCUCAUCCUUGUGACCCAGGUGCCAUGUCUUGGUGUCAGUUUCCUUUGCUUCUGCUUUCUUGCUGCCCAUAAUCAGUGUGACCACAGACAUUCUUGCCUAAACUGAAUCCCUUCUGUGAGCAAAAGGUACUGUGAGUUCCUUGAGAAACAGAUACUAUGUCUGAAUCACCUGCUGACUUCCUAUACCUUCUACUAUUCAAUUUAACUUGUCUAGAAUCUUAAAUUGUGGAAUUAAAUUAAUAAUAUGUUGCCCAACCCAAAUGCACUUUGACAGGUGAAUGUAUAACUAUGCAUA